AUUUCCAGUAAGUCAGAUGCCAAAGGUCUCUCUGGCAGAUAACCGGCCGAUUCCCCCUGCAAACAACGCCCCCUUCCCCCAUGUGGCUGAGCUAUUGACAGGAGAGGAGCUGCCUUUACAGGAAGUGCAGAGCUGAACCACUAGAGUUUUCCGAGUGACUGAGGCGGACUCAGCCCUGCCAGGAGCCAUCUGUGCCUUGCAGGGAUGGCGGGCAAGCACCAGAGUGAGGCAGGGGUGCCCAGGGAAAGGGAAGAGGAACAGGCUGAGUUUCAUACACUUGUCCAGGAGUUCCUGAACUACUUCUUGGGGGCCCACGUGUACCCCGAGCAAAGGGAACACCAGAGAAGGGAGGGGGAGCGCCAGCUGGUGCGAGCGCUGGUCGGCAGGAUCAUGGCUCUGGUGCACGAGUGCAAUGUGGAGAUGUUCACUGGAGAAGCCAUCCUGGUGGGCAGCCAAGCCCAGGACCUCCACGUCCGGACAGAGUCCAGCAGCAGCGACUACGACUUCCUGGUCCCCAUCCAGUACAACACGAACCUGAUCCUUAUGGGCAGCCUGUACAGCAAACUCUACACCCCAAAAAGUCAUUUGCCCGCCUGGGAGAGCAUGGAGAACAGGGUGCCGGUGUACCGCUGGGGGAACAAGGUGGUGGUGGAUUAUAACAAGCUGAUAAUGAGAGAUCUCUUGGAGAAGAAGACGGUGGACAUUGACCUCACAGAGGAAGACAUAAAAACAAUAAAUGACCGGCAGCUACGGCUUUGGAAGAAUAGCGUUAGUCCAUAUAGUGUAAUGACGGAAUUGUGGGAGUGUGUCCAGAAAGCUCUGAUUGAAGAGCAAAGAAACCCUGCUCCUGGAAUUAGUAAGUCAAAUUAGAUAAAUUAAGGGACUCUGUAAGUGGAGGAAUUAUAAGCACAAGCACGAGGGAAAUACAGAAGGGAAAACUGUUAAAUUGCGUAGG